GGAAAUAAUGUCCAUGGCACUGAAAGUCUUUCUGUCAUGCAUCUGUUGGAAAGCCAAAUUUAGGACUUUAUAAAUAGCUCAAGAUCACCCUGCUGAAGACACCAGAAGGCUUGGCUCGUUUCUCUGCAUGUAAGCUGAAUCUAUAGUAGGGAAUUUUCAUCGACGGUAGGAAGAGUAUGUCAAACUUUGAGCAAUUUGAUAUAGAUUUUUACCAGUCAGAUUACAUCGCUGAAAACCAGGAGCAAGGUUAUAGCGGGCCUGAACCCCCUGGAAAUGAGUAUGGAGGCAAACAAGCUUGGGCAGUUGCCUCGCCACCGCCAGAUGCAUUUGCUUCUCCAGAAAGGGCUUCGUCUUCUCAGCAGUACACAGGCCAGAUUUUUCAACCGGCGUUUACCUCAGAGUUCCCAUCUAACAACGCUUACCCUGACAGCUUUGAUGAAGAACCGCCUUUGCUAGAAGAGCUGGGGAUCAACUUCGAUCACAUCUGGCAAAAAACAUUAACCGUCCUCAACCCAAUGAAGCCAGCAGAUGGCAGCAUCAUGAAUGAGACGGACCUGACAGGGCCUAUGGUUUUCUGCCUGGCGCUUGGAGCGAUGCUGCUACUGGCGGGAAAAGUCCACUUUGGCUACGUUUACGGCAUGAGUGCUAUUGGCUGCACAGCAAUCCAUGCUUUGCUCAGUCUGAUGAGCCUCACAAGUGUUUCCUACGGCUGUGUGGCGAGUGUGCUAGGCUACUGCCUGCUGCCCAUGGUGAUCCUAUCAACCUACGCAGUCUUUUUCUCCCUACAGGGGUUUCUCGGAACUCUGCUAGCUCUCUUCAUUAUUGGAUGGUGCAGCCUCUCAGCCUCCAAAAUAUUCACUUCUGCGUUGUCGAUGGAAGGCCAGCAGUUUCUGGUUGCCUACCCCUGUGCUUUGCUCUAUGGUCUCUUUGCACUCAUGGCUAUCUUCUGAGCUUUGGUGUCCAGGAAGACUGUGCUAUCUUAUCUCUACGUUGGACUGCAAAAUCAGAAUCUACAGAUUUUUUUGAAUGAUUUAGGGAUGUUCCCCAAAGCUCAUGGUUUAGGGCUCGAAUUCAGCCUGGAAAGCUUGCUGUACUGAGGGGCACCAGCUCCUGGUGACCGAGCCGUUUUGGCCCCCCAAUAUGUUGGGGGUGAGGGCCAGCCCCCCAAUGUCUAAAAAGUACAAAGGCAAACCGUGGAGCUGAGUGCGGUAUGGCUCUAGUGGCCGGCUCCUUUUCUUCCUUCAUUUCAUUUUCAUUUUACUUUUAAUUUGUAUACAGUGGAACCUCGGGUUACAUACACUUCAGGUUAUAUACGCUUCAGGUUACAGACUCUGCUAACCCAGAAAUAGUACCUCGGGUUAAGAACUUUGCUUCAGGAUGAGAACAGAAAU